GUUAGCAUUAGCUGCAUCAACUCCGAGAGGGGGACACAAACAGGUCAUGUGAAGGAUAUUGUCCAAGUCUCAGGUUGUCGCAGCUGUCCGCGUCCUCCGCCACAACAAUUUUUAAAUGGGAAUACACACAAUAAAACAAAAUGCCCCAUAGACCGGAGCGUAAACAAACGAUCCUUUUCCGACUGGACGACAUGUUUGCUUCUAUGACGUCACGAUGUGCCGCCUUCAGGGCUCAUGGAAAAGAUAGAACUCGACAAUAUACCAGGUUUACUCUGAUCACAGGCAACUUUUCAGAAGUCGCAAUAUAUGCUUUAAUUUAUAAGAUUAAUAAUUAGUUAAAUCUGUCAUUUGGAAAACAAAAGCAUACACAUAUUUAAAAUUCGUUUUAAUUAUUGUAAUCGUUAUAUUUGUUUUUUAUUGUACAAUGUAAUGAAAAGGAUAAUGUAGUGUAGUGUACAUGACAUGUUUCUGCUGACGCGAUGGAGUGUAGUUUUAGUAAUUGCAACAGUCAGCGAAUGCAGCAUUAAAGCGACACUGGUAUCAAACUGGAUUCACUUCAAAGGGAAUGACCAUGUUUGAGAACAUCGGAGAAGUGUCGCCGACCGAGCGCCAGCAGGUUCUGGACGCUCUGGAACGUCUGCAGUCCAAGCUGGUACGGAGGGAGGAGUGGAACCACAGCGAGCGUGUGGGCACCCUUAAGGAGACCCUGCAGAGUCCUCUGUUCACGCACAUCCUGACUCUGCAGCACUCCAUCAGGCAGCUGAGGAACCAGCUGAGCAGUAUGCCCCCAGCCGCCGGUAGCGAGUUCAAUUUUUCCAAAAAGGGUCAGCUGGUCAUGAGCGCAGGGGGCUCAGCUCCGUCCACCCUUUCCGCCUCCUCAGCCAUCCUGACCAAUGGCUCGGCUCCACCCUCCCAUCAGACUCCGCCCCCACCUGUCGACCUUCAGGAGUGGAUCCUGUCCGCUGCCAGGGGUCGACACACAGAACGCAUCAGGCUGACUCGGCCUCAGUCAGGCGGUCUUGGUUUCAGCGUGGUGGGUCUUCAUCCAGGAAGCAGCAGUCAGGACGUCUUCAUCAAACACAUCCAGCCUGGAGGCGUGGCCCACAGGGACGGGCGGCUCCAAGUGCGGGAUCAGAUCCUGGUGAUAAACGGACGCCCCUUGGAGGCGGGGAUCGGCCAUCAGCAGGCCCUCGCCUUGCUGCAGCAGCCUGGAGAGACGGUGGACCUGCUGGUCGCGAGGGACCGCCCACCCAAGGAAUCAGCAGCAGCAGUUCCUGCCUCCUCUACCAUUGAUGAUAAAAACACGGGUCAGUGGGGUCACGUGGAAGAGAUCCAACUGGUGAACGACGGCUCCGGUUUGGGCUUUGGUAUCGUGGGCGGGAAGACCGCUGGCGUGGUGGUGAGGACACUCAUCGCAGGCAGCGUGGCUGACAGGGACGGGCGUCUCCGCACAGGUGACCACAUCCUUCGCAUUGGGGCCACACCCACCAGUGGUCUCACCAGUGAUCAGGUGGUCAAGGUGCUGCAAGCGUGUGGGAGUCAUGUGACCAUGCUGAUCGCUAGGGACCCGUACAGCCAGAGGAUAAAUGCCCCGGCUCCCCCGCCACCACCAGACUCUUCCCCAGUGUCUGCAUUACCCCCUCCACUUCCGGAGCAGCCUCCCAAGCGACGAGUCAACAAGAUGCCCAACUUGGAAGGGUAUGAGAUCCACGAGGUUCCGCUGAUCAAGAAAGACGGACAGAGCCUGGGAAUCUCCAUUGUUGGCCACAACCCCCUCACCAGCCAAGAUGCGGUGGGCGUGUUCAUCAAGCAUGUGGUCCCAGGAAGCGCUGCGGAUCACAGCGGGAACAUCCGAGUGCACGACCGAUUGAUUGGCCUGGACGGCGUCAGUAUGCACGGUCUGACCAAUCAGGAAGUUGUGGAGGUGAUGAAGCAGACGGGCCGGACCGUGGUCCUGACGGUGGUCAGGAAGAAGACCAGAACUCUCGAGAGGUCCCUAGACAGAGUGGAGUCUUCUCGUGGGUCACUGCGGAGGUCACUGGAGGUCACACAGAACAGAAGCAGUGCUCCAGAUGCAGCACUGAAGGCCAAGUGGCAGCAGUCUUUGGGUUCGCAGUACCAAGUCCUGGUGAUUAAGUUGCAUCCUGUGAUUGAAGACGAUGCUGAGCUGCAGAGGUCCUCCAAGCUACUGCCCGUCCACAUGCUGAGGCUCGGUGUGGAGUUAGACUCGUUUGAUGGCCACCACUACAUCUCCUCUGUGGCCCCAGGAGGCCCCGUGGACAAACAUGGCGUCCUGAGACCGGAGGAUGAGCUGCUGGAGCUAAAUAAUGUGCAGCUGUAUGGAAAGUCUCGUCGGGAGGUGGUCUCUUUCCUCAAGGAAGUGCCCCCUCCUUUCACACUGGUCUGCUGCCGACACGCCACCUUUGACAUGGAAGCAGAAAUCGAGUCGGAGUAUGAAUUAGGACAACGACCAGGAAGCAGCGUGGAGGACCUAGAGAUGAAGCUGGCGUCGGCUCUCUGCAGUAACACAAGUGUGGUGCAACAGGAGCAACAGGAAGUCAUGCAGCAGGUCAUUGAGGCUAUGGAGGAAGAGGAGGAGAACGAGAGGAGUGAACGCAGCCAGGAGGAGGAGGAUGAAGAGGAGGGGGAGCUGGCUCUGUGGUCGGCUGAUGUUGACAUGUUAGAGCUGCACAAGGAAGCAGAUAGAGGUCUGGGCUUCAGCAUCCUGGACUACCAGGACCCAAUGGAUCCUGCUCGCUGCGUGAUGGUGAUCCGCUCUCUGGUUCCCGGCAGCUCGGCCGAGCGUCACGGUGGUCUGCAUCCUGGAGACCAGUUGGUGUCUGUGAACCACAUCCUGCUGGACCAGCUGAGCCUGGCCCAGGCCGUGGAGGUCCUCAAGUCUGCCCCGUCAGGGGCCGUCCAUUUGGGAAUCCGCAAGCCGCUGGUGGUGGAAGGCAGCGAGCGAGGAACCAACAGCGAUGGCGACCAGAUGUCAGUCACAGACACGCAGACGCCUCCACCGCAGGGGUCUGCAGAAGAUGACCUUGGUCAAGGACAAAUGGAGGACGAGCCAGAGCUGAUCCUGGAUGGCGGCCUGCCUCGCUACGCCACCCCUUCUCUGACCUCUGACCUUCCUGUGGAGGAGGGCAGGGAGAUGGCUGUGGAUGAUGAGGAGCAGAAAGAAGAGAUAAAGGAGAAGAUGAGCUCCCUUCCCAGAAAAGCUCCUCCGUCGUGGGAAGAGUGGAAGCUGGCGUCCUUGCUUCGAGCGGGAGGAACUGGCGAGACUGCGAGAGAUGUCCAACUUCCAGGUGAAUCCAGAGACAUGGAGGCCGACUCAGAAGUCACUGUGACAGAUGCAGACACAGAGUUCAUGAGCAUGAUUAACAUGGAGAAGAGUAGGAGGCGGAGUCAAGGAGGUUUCUCUGCUGCUCGAAGAGGUCACAACGACCUUCCUGAGCGUGAGGAGGGUGAGGGCGAGGAAACCCCUGCCUUCAGUCACUGGGAACCCCCCCGCAGGGUGGAGGUGUGGCCUGAGGAGGGCCAGUCGCUGGGCCUGAGCAUCGUGGGAGGUCAUCACGUCAUCAAGCGUCUGAGGAACGGAGAAGAACUCAAGGGAAUCUUCAUCAAGCAGGUCCUAGCUGGAAGUCCUGCUGCCAGGACCCAGUGUCUGAAGACUGGAGACAAGAUCCUGGAGGUGUCAGGAGUGGACCUGCGAGCUGCCAGUCAUGAAGAGGCUGUCAAUGCCAUCAAAUCAGCUUUGAGUCCUGUCGUCUUCAUCGUCCAGAGUCUGUCUGCUACACCACGGGCGGUGUCUCUACCAGUGGCCACGUCUAAAAGACACAAGGCAGACAAGAGGACACACUCUCUGGGGCCAGCAUUAGCCCCGCCUCUUGUGCGGCAGCCGCCACCUUACAGGCCUCCCGGUCAAUCGGAGCAGGAGCUGAGCUCAGAGCUGAAGCAGGCCAAAGAGCGUUGGUGUGAGCGUUAUGGCGACCUGCGGGGGGAGCUGUUGUGCGUGGAGCUGGAGAAGGAGCGGCAAGGUUUGGGUCUCAGCCUUGCGGGAAACCGCGACCGCUCCCGACUCAGCAUCUUUGUGGUGGGCCUUCAUCCCGGCGGGGUGGCAGCACGCGACGGACGCAUCCAUGUGGGAGACGAACUCCUAGAGGUGAACGAUCACACCCUUUACGGGCGCAGUCACCAGAAUGCCUCGGCCAUCAUCAAGAGCUCCGCCUCCAAGGUUAAACUCAUCCUGCUCAGAAACCAAGAUGCUAUAAACAACAUGGCCGUCCCUCCAUUCCCCUCUCCCCCUGCUACCACCCCUGAGCCAAGCGUCUCCCCGCCGCCCUCAGGAGACUCUACCCCCACGGACUGGCCCCGCCCCCCAGACAAUGUGAUGCUCCUCCCAUCCUCAGACAUGCAGGACGAGACAAGCCAAGAGGCGGAAGGAACCAGCGACGGCGCCCCCUGCAGUCUGAGGGAGGACGACGCCAUUGUGGAGACAUCAAAACAUGAGCAGGCUGCCAAGGCCCCCACGGAGCAGCAGUCGGGCAGGUGGUCCGGCAGCGAAGGUGGGGGUGCGUCACAUGACACAAUCAAAGGAAGCUGCGCCUCCUCAGAGCCUCGGCACUGUGCGGUGCUUCCCGGUCAGGAGACCACCUUGGAGAUCUGGAAAGGUGGAAGUGGACUUGGACUCAGUGUCGUAGGAGGGAGAGACACGCAACUGCAGGCCAUCGUGAUCCAUGAGGUGUAUGAAGAAGGUGCAGCAGCCAGAGAUGGUCGACUGUGGGCGGGAGAUAGGAUCCUGGAGGUGAACGGUGUGGAUCUGCGGGGGGCGUCACAUGACGAGGCCAUCUUGGCACUCAGACAGACUCCGUCCAAAGUUCUUCUGACGGUUCUGAGGGACGAGGAUUGCUACCCGCACCAUCAGAACCUGGACGUCUUUUUGGUGGACCUCCACAGAAAGAGCGGACGAGGGCUUGGUGUCAGCAUUGUCGGGAAGAGGAGCGGCAGUGGCGUGUUCAUCUCUGAGGUGGUCAGAGGGGGCAUUGCCGAGCUGGAUGGUCGUCUCAUGCAAGGAGACCUCAUCUUGUCUGUCAACGGCCGCGACACAAAACACGCCUCCCAGGAAGCUGUGGCCGCCAUCUUAAAGUGUGCACGAGGUCCUGUCCUCCUGGAAGUGGGCCGACUCAAAGCUGCUUCCUGGACCACUUGCACAACGUCACAUAAGGAUAACAUUGGAGGAGAAAGUGUUGCGACCCCUCCCCUCUUGAAGACGCUGACCUCCAGCCCAUGCAGUGACCUUUUAGCUCCAAGCCGCAGCAUAAUGUCAGACGAAGAUGAUGUCACUUCCUGUCCUGAUGAAAACACAGACGCUGGCAUCCGCACCGUGCACAUCACCAGGGGUGCAUGUGACUCUCUGGGGGUUAGCAUAGCAGGGGGCAGGGGUAGUCCAUUAGGAGAUGCCCCCAUCUUCAUCGCCAUGAUUCAAGACGAUGGCGCCGCCGCCAAAACACAACAACUCAAGGUGGGCGACAGGCUUGUUAGUGUCAACAAUCAAUCAGUGGAGGGUCUGUCACAUGACGACGUGGUCAACAUGAUGAAACACACACGUGGAGACAUCUGUCUGCAGGUGGUGGCAGACACUAACAUGAGUGCUAUCUUCAGUCAGCUGGACAACAUGUCCACUUUGUCCUCUCACACUGAUGACACACACCUCGCACACACACUAGGUCCACGUUCUCGCACCAUCCGUCUAGAAAAAACUAGUGAUGGACUGGGCUUCAGCAUCGUUGGAGGAUUUGGGAGCACACAUGGAGAUCUUCCCAUCUAUGUCAAAACUGUCUUCAGCAAGGGCGCGGCGGCAGUGGAUGGGCGCCUGAAGCGAGGUGAUCAGCUGUUGUCCGUCAACGGUCAAAGACUGGAUGGUGUCACUCACGAGCAGGCGGUCGCCAUCUUGAAGAAACACACAGGAGCUGUCACCCUGGAAGUACUGUCGUAACACGCACAUGCACACACACACAUUGUGUGACAACUACACAGCUAAAUGCCUUGAUGCUAAUACUAGCAGCGAGCCUUGUUGUUCAGUGCUUGCUAGCAAAGUGUGCUACAUUAGCAUGUUGUGUUGUGAACAAAAAAAACCCACUAAAGUGAUGACAAAUGUGACUUUAUGUUGAAAACUCCUGUUUUUGCUGUCACUUUCUGUGAGGAAUGUCCUUCAUGUCUUCCACAUGAUCCUAUUCAUGGAAGGAAAUGUUUGUUUUGUCUCAUGAAUUCAUAGCUUAGCAUCACACGUUGGACCGAACAAGCUAACUAGCUCGUCUCCUGCACAGCUCAGCUAGCUAGCAGUCCCGGCGGGGCCACUAGAGGGCAGAACUUCAUUGUGUUCAAUUUGUCUCAUUCUUUAGCUGUGUUUGCACUAACCGACGAGACGUUUGUUAAUUCACGUGUUGUCUCACAAAAUGAUCCAAAAUAGAAAUAAAAUCAAAUGUUUAUCAUGAGCAUAUCUUUCUUUUUUUAAGUGCUUGAAGGUGGAGAUUAGUGAUGUGUUGGGCGCG